AUGAACGAUACUGAUGAUGCUAUACCGAUCGAAAAACCUUUUAUCCCCAAGUAUUUGCAAAAUAGUCCUCUAGAUAUUUAUAACAGAACGGCUGAAAGGCCUAUACCAUUACCUAGCAAAUGGAAUUUAACCGAUCAUGGGAGGGGUAUGUGGGUGAUUGAAAAUCAAAUGGGGAUUGAAUAUAUAGGAAUUGGAUUGGCCGCAGCCAUAAGGUCAGACCAUCCUAUUCCUGAAGAGGCCGGAAUUUAUUAUUUCGAGGUUGAUAUCAUAGAUAGUGGCCCAAGGAGUUUAAUCGGAGUUGGAUUUGGAGGAAAGAAUGUGAGCGUGAAUAUACAACCAGGUUGGAGAUCUUCAUCAAUCGGGUAUCACGGUGACGAUGGAUUAGUAUUUAUCGAGAGAGGUUUUAGAGGAAAUAUAUAUGGACCUUUAUAUUGUUCAGGUGAUACCAUUGGAUGUUGUUUGAAUUAUUACGAUGACACCGUAUUUUAUACAAAGAACGGAAUUAAUUUAGGAAUCGCUAGUACUAGAAUAUUUACAGGAGAUAUGUACCCAAUGGUCGGCAUGAGAAAUCUACCAGCGCAGGCUGAGAUUAAUUUCGGUUCAAGACCUUUUAAGUUUGAUAUUGAAUACUAUGCAAAGACAAUUUUUGAUAAAUUCAAGAUCCAUAGACAAGACAUUUCGGAAUUUGGAGAUGUUUCUUUUGGAAUAUCUGAUUUAAAAAUAACGGGAUUAUGA